GAAAUCCACUGCAGCAGAAACAUUGAAGUGUGCCGCUGCUGCGGCGAGUCGGUCCCCAAGUCUGAAAUGAAGAACCACAUUGCGUCUGAGCACGUGCAGAUUACCUGCAAGUGUAGGAUGAAGAUGGAAAAAGGUCUCUUGAAGGAUCACCAGGCGUCGGCGUGCCCGCUGCGUCCCGCUGCCUGCCAGUUCUGCGACAUUCAGCUCGCUUUCCACAAGCUCCAGGACCACGAAAUCUACUGCGGGGCGAGGACGGAGAGAUGUGGCGGCUGCGGGCGUAACGUCCUGGUGAAAGACCUGAAAGAGCAUCCUCGAACCUGCGGGCGAGAGGCAGAACAAGUGAGAGGGAGCAGAGCAGCGCGUCGCUUCGGGGAUGAGGAUGCGGAUUUGCGCGCCCUUCGAGACAUCAGAAACCGCCUGAGAUCAGGUAACUGGGUGGAAAAGCAGAUUUACAGCAGCUAUGUAGGAGACAAAACACUUAAGGGCAUUAGCAGGAGAAAUGUUUCAGCAGCCCAAAGAAACCAAAAGCGAGGGGAUGAAGUGGAGCGGUUGGAGGGAGACGCAAGCACUGACUCGUCACUUGACGAGGAGUGGAGCGCCGAUUUAGACUACGUGCUGGCGCUGAGCCUGCAGGACGAGAAUAAUCCUCAGGAUAACGCUGCUGCUGAGCCUCCCGGGGACGUCUGGGAAAACCGCCGCACCAAAGAGCCCGUGCCAUCUGCCCGUCUUAAUGCCACAGGCAAGUCAGAUACCUUCUGGUGCGACUCUUCAGUGCCUUUUAGUACAUCAAGCCACAGAAAAACCGACGAGGUCACCAUGCUGCCGUGUGAGUUCUGUGAGGAGCUCUGCCCUGCCGAAGAACUGAUUCUGCACCAGACAGGCUGUAACCCGGCGAGUGCCUUUGCCUCGUUCAGCAAAGGCAGCUCCCCAAAUCCGCGAGGGUUCGGUGGCCUGCGCGCCCUCGGCUCCUGGAACUGCAGCUCCCUCUCUUCAUCCCGGCCCCGAGCGGUCCAGGCAGAAGCAGACGUCGUGAUCCCCUGUGAGUUUUGUGGCAUCCAGCUGGAAGAGGAGGUGCUCUUUCACCAUCAGCACCACUGCGACCUGCGCCCAGCCAGCCCAGCCGCCAGCCCGGCCCCGCAGCGCCUGCGGUCCCCUCCAGUCCAUGGAGAGGGGAGAGACGCGGCAGAGCCAGCGCAGAGACGACUCAGGCACCAAGGAGAUGUUUCUCCCUGGUGCUUUGAAGGCUUCGGGCAGCAGAGGCUCAGCUUUCCUGCGCGAGGGACCAAGUCACCGAGCGAUACGGCCGCCGGUGUCCUCUUCAGCGAGAGCUCGCGAUGCCGAGGCGAGGGGGAAGCCCAGGAAGGCGCCUGGGGUCGAGGGGAGGCUGAAGAGCAGAGCUGCGAGUGA